CAUUUCCUGUCUUGUAUCCACUUGUAUAUGCCUUUAUUCUUCUUUCACUCUUCCAUUCUACCACCCUAAAAUGGGCUGCUGUUUUAGCUCCUCCAAUAAAAAACCCCACCGCACUUCCCCGCCGUGUUCCGCCACACACGGCCGAGAUCCACCGCUAGCGGAGGAAGAAACCGUUAAGGAAGUCCUUUCUGAAACACCCAUUAUUCCCCCACCAUCACCACCAAAGGUCAACAACAGAAGAGCUGACUUUCCACAAGUCAACUUUGAAUCAACGGCUGUCAUUGAACCCCAUAAUGAUAUCAAGUUUGAAUCAACAGCUGUUGUUAAAAAGAGAGAGGAAAUGAAGUUUGAAUCAACGGCUGUUGUUAAAAAGAAAGAGGAAGUGAAACUUGAAUCAACGGCUGAUGGUAAGUAUAAAGAUGAAGUGAAGUUUGAAGCAACGGAAGUAUCUGAAGAGAUUGAGACUUCAGAAAUGUGUAGCUUUACUGAGAGCUAUUCAACAACGGCGACGGCGACGGAGAAGAGAGAGGAAGACGGAGAAGUAACUCAGAGGUCACCGGUGAGAGCAUAUCGGAAGAGGCAACACACCGGCGACAUUGCCGGAGUUAGAGAGAGAAGAAGACCGGCGACAUCGCCGGAUAAAAGGAGAUUGCCGGUAACGUCAAGGGGAGGAGUACAAGGGAGGGGAAUGCCGCAACAACGGCGCAAUGUGGGGCCUACUAAUGGAACCCGCAGAGGUCAAGGUGAUAAUGGGGUUCGGAGGUCGAAUUCUCCGGCGACACGUAGUACGGUGGAUGUACGUCGGAAUGUGAGAAAUAGAAGUCCGGCGCCGGCGGCGCGUGAAGAAGACAAACAUGGAAAUAGAAAUCCGACGGCAGCGCGUGAAGGAGACAAAAUUGGAAUCACAAGUUCAGCAGCGGCGCAUGAGGGAGUCAAACUUGGUGGUCAAUCGCCGGCGAGAAGUACGCCGGAGACCGGCGAGUCUAUUGAAAAUCCAGUUGUUUCUAUGGAAUGUUUUAUUUUCCUGUAGGCUAAAUCAUGUCGUAUAAACCUGAAAGAGGAUUACGUCAGCAUUUUGCUAAAUUAAGAGGUGGGAAAUUCAAAUUUUGUAAAUAUAAGGUAUCUUAAGGCU